AUGGACAACACAACCUGGGUGGCCAAUGACACUGGACAGUCGGAUUUCAUCCUUUUGGGAAUCUUCAGUCAAUCCAAGCACCCAACUCUUCUUUGGGUGGUCAUUUUUGUGCUUCUCCUGAUAGCCUUGUCUGGAAACACCAUCCUGAUCUUUCUGAUAUACUCUGAUGCCCACCUCCACACCCCCAUGUACUUUUUCAUCAGUCAGUUGUCUCUCAUGGACAUGAUGUACAUUUCUGUCACUGUGCCCAAGAUGCUUAUGGAUCAGGUCAUAGGUGUGAAUAAUAUCUCAGCCCCCAAAUGUGGGAUGCAAAUGUUCCUCUAUGUGACGCUAGGAGGUUCAGAAUGUUUCCUUCUAGCUGCCAUGGCCUAUGAUCGCUAUGUAGCCAUUUGCUACCCUUUCCAUUAUCCUAUCCUCAUGAACCAUAAGGUAUGCAUCCUUCUGGCAUUUGGCUGCUGGUUUCUGGGAUCUUUGGAUGGCUUCAUGCUCACAUCUGUCACCAUGACUUUAGCCUUCUGUAAAUCCCAAGAGAUCCAUCAUUUCUUUUGUGAAGUCCCUGCUGUAAUGAAGCUCUCCUGCUCAGACACUUCCCUCUAUGAGACACUCAUGUACUUGUGCUGUGUCCUUAUGCUUCUCAUUCCUCUGACAGUCAUUUCAAGCUCUUAUUUUUUCAUCCUGCUCACUAUCUACAGGAUGAACUCAGCGAAGGGCCGAAAGAAGGCCUUAACCACUUGUACCUCCCAUAUGACUGUGGUCAUCCUCUUUUAUGGGGCUGGCAUUUACAACUAUAUGCUUCCCAGCUCCUACCAUACCCCUGAGAAGGACAUGAUGGCAUCUGUCUUUUAUACCAUUCUCACUCCUGUGCUAAACCCUUUAAUCUAUAGUCUCAGAAAUAAAGAUGUCACAGCGGCUGUAAAGAAAAUGUUGAAUGUGGGAACUGUUCUUCAAGAAGCUAUAAAAUAG